UUUAAAUCAAAUGAGCAGUCGUCGUCGCUGUCUCCUUAGGCCUACCUCGUCGUGCUGCUUUCUAAUUCAAGUGUUUGCUUGUCACACCGGAGAUUGAGUGCUUAAUUGAUGAUACGCUGAUAUGGAUGCAGUGGAAGCGGGCCUUCGAGCAUGGGAGGAGAAGAAAAAGGAGAGCAUGCAAAAACUUUUCGGCAACGAUAAGCAGAAGCAGAAUGACAAGGCCAGAGAGAAAAAUAUGAACGGGAAGAAGAAUGCUAGAAAACUCCCAAAAUAUCUUGACAAUCCCACCUCCGUCUUCCCUCCGAAACAGACCGCCACGUCCAUACCCACAGCACCAAUUCCCAAUCUCAAUCCAUACCCACGCAUAGCUUCACCUUCAAUCCCGGUGCACUUCAACUCGAAAGGCGAAUUUAUCUUCCCUCACCCACUCGUACAGACGAUCCCCAAUCCACCACAGAUGAUCGCCCCCUGCAGCAUCCGCAUGUGCAUGCGCUUCGGCUGUGGCUCGAUCUUGACGCCGCGAAAUUCGACCGAUGAAGACGUGUUUUGCGGGAGGUGCAGACCUUUGGCUGCAGUGGGACAGUUCCCCAGGACCGUGAAGCACCGGCGCGCGUUUGAUGUGGACGGGCUUCUCAUUUCGACGAAAAAGAAGAGGGAGGGAGUCGCUGGAAGGUCGAAGGAUUCGCCGAUCGUUAUUCCGGAUGAUGCUUCAGGUGCUAAUGAAAGCGCUCGGAUGCCUGACGAUCUAUCGUAUCCCGAGCCUGAGGUGACUAUACACAAUAACGUUGAGCUGGCGCCUGCGCCAGCGCCGCCAGCACCAGUGAUAAUAUCGAUACCACAAUUGCCAACUGUGCCGCGAUGGCCCCCGCCGCCUCUUCCUAAGAUGAAAAAGAUAGUGCCUGCGCCUCUCCGUCCUUGUACGACACCAAACUGCAGCGGCCUCAUCCACGCCUCUUCAGCUGCGCAUCGUUGUCCAGCAUGCGUGAUGAAGGACUGGAAGAACAGAAUAAAAGGUAAAGAGCGAGAGAAGAGGGAACGCGUGGGGAUAAUCAUCAUUCCAGCCAAGCGCAAGAGGGACGAAUGGAAGCCCUCAGAACCAACUCGCCCUUCGACCUCAGUACCUAGCACUACCGCCCCUCCCCCUGAGAAGGAAUCCACAUCCGGAUGGGACAGCGACCUCACGGAUCUGAGCAGCAGCGAUGAAGAGUCGCCCUUCGCAGGAAUAAACCAACGACGAAUGGCUGACUCUGGACAUUCGGGAGAUACCACGAGCGAGGACGAUGAGCCUCUUCCCCAAUCAGCACGUCAAGUACGUCCGCCCGCACAGCCAGUGAAGUUGGUAAUCCGGAUUCCUCCUAGAGGCCCAGAGAAAAUCGCUGCUGCUUCUGCUGCUUCGUCGUCGGUCGCCUCAUCUUCUAGUGCAACUCCCGAUCCCCAGAGAAGGUGUGUAAUCGAUGCGUGUGCCGCUCCCCUUGACCAUGAAUACGCAUGGAAAUGCUGCAAAUCCUGUCGAAAGCACCACCGAGAGUACCAGCGAAAGCGGCUCGGAAUCACGAAGGGAACGUAUAACCUCGACAAGGAGGAAAAGAGCCUGAGUCCAAAACCGGAUGAGCAAAACCUCCCGCCUGGGUACCGGACAUGCACCAUCCGGCAUUGUAGCACCGUCAUCCCACCUGUGGAGGCGUACAAGUGGAAAAUGUGCACAGGGUGUCGUCAGAGGACGAAAAUGCUGAGGAAGCGUAGGCAGGAAGGAGUAGAGGUGGAGGCGACCAAUAGUGAGCCUUUUCGGAGGAGGGCACGCAAUCCGGCAUAUCCUGAAUACGGCUCGUUCCCACAGCUCCUCAGCGAUUAUCAACAGCGUCUACGAGGGUUCUUCGAGGCACAGGCAGAGUGGAUUAUCAUCAAGUAUCAGCAGGAAAAUAGCAAAAGAAGUAACACGAAGAAAGACGACGAAGUUGAUAGGUACUCGUCAAUGGACCAACAAGAUACGGGGGGCGCUUGGCAGGAGAAGACGAUGACUAAAGAAGGCGAACUUUUUGGCUUUGAUGGUGAAUACUCUGUUGUCGCUCUGGACUAUGCAAUCUGUGACCGCCAAGCCGCUGUGAUCGAUUUUGUCGGCAGGUUGAAGGGCGAGAUGGAGAGGGUUGGCGGGGUCGCAUUUGACCCAAGGACCCGCCACGUAACCCUUGCGUAUGGAGGCAUCCUAACGCGUUAUCGCUGUGUGCACCGUAUUCACGUCACAAUGCAUGACCGAGCGGAGAAGAUUGACGAUAUAAGAAUCAUCAAAGAUAUGCAUGGCGAAUUGGAGAUUGCUACCCUCCCAGAGUACUCGCAUCCACUUUUCCCUGGACAGAGGACUGUGGUUAGAAUGCGGCUAAUGGGAUGAUAGGGAUUUCCUUCCGACAUGGAUGUGGAUGAUGAUGCAUUGAUGUUUCAUCUAUCAUUAUGUGUUGCUUACAGCCUGUAUCUCGAACCCGUUUGAAGUCUCCAAGUUCAAUGCAGACGCAUUAGUGAAAUCAAG